UCGGGUUUAGUUUUCUCUCACCCGGUGAACGAUAAGCAGCCAAAAAUUAAGAAACACAAUUCUUAUUUACGUACAUAUUUUUUUCGAAACAAAUACGAAUACAAAUACCAAAUCGAAGAGAGACCAAGGAGGCGCUACUUCCAAGAAAAUCCAAAGAGUCCCCAAUGAAGUGAUGGCGUUGAAGAUGAACCAAAACCAGAACCAGGUCAAGAUCAACUACGUGCAGCAGUAUGUGGGUAGGAUGACGGGGCCGCUCGUCGAACCCAUUUUCCCAGUGCCGCAAAUGUCAUCGGCAACCCUACGUGUCCGUCGGGCUGUCGUCGAAUCCUAUCGCGGACCCCAAAUUGCUCCCGAUGAUGCCAUGCUACCCAUGCCGCCCCACAACAAGGUCCAAAAUUUGGGUGAGAUGCUGCAGGAGCUUCGAUUCAGGCUGAAAGAUUUCAAGCUUUGGCAUCAAGUCAUUCGUCUGCUGAAGAAACGGCUCUAGUCUGUAAUGUGCAACUGAUGAAUCCUGAUUCUACGCCUACUCUCAAAAUCCCAAUUAAACGAGUUAAAAUUGUGUUCGAUGUUAGGUUGUACAAGUCAUUGUAAAAUCGAGCACAUGUAUUUGUAGUCUGGCGUCAUCUCCAAAUUUCUAAAAUAAUUAACAAAUGUUGCUCAAAAUUAUAAAAGGUGUAGAUAAUGCUUAACCAA